AGAAGAAGAAGAAGAAAAAAAAAAAAAAAAAUCCGGAACCAAACGAAGUGGUGUUGUGGUGCCACGCCGGCGGUUGAAAGCCGUUGGACAACAACCGAAAGGGCAAAGUUGUUCAACCUGCAUGAUGUUGUAGCUAAAACAAGCGAUUAUUUAUUUAAAUUGAUGACGAUGUGGUUCGCCAGGCGAUUUCUGUCGUUGGUCGCUCAGAGAAAUCAGUAUGCUGGACAGUCUGGUUUAUUCCGUCGCCCUCAGCACUGCUCCCUCCCUGAGCUGGAGCUGCGGUAUCUCCAGUGCACAUGUUGCUGGCGGAGCCGGGUUCCCGUGGCAGGCUUUGAGACCCUGGACGCCACCUUCUCUUCCACUUCUCAGCCCUGCAAAGAGGACGGCAGAUCUCUGGAUGCGUGCUACACCUCCGAGCAAAGAGACACCAUCCUCCAGCUGCUCAACAAUGCCACGUCGUCAGAGCUGGCCGGCGUUAAGCUCCUGAGAGGCCGCAAAUCGCUCAACAUUGUGGAGUACAGGACUAAAAAUGGACCCUUUAAAACUCUAGAGAGCGUGGUGAACGUACCGCUGCUGAAGCACAAAAGUGCGGUCACUGUCUUCAACUCCAUUCUCAACCCGGUUAAGAAGGAGAGGAAAGUGAGGAUUCAGUUGGCCAAGUUUAUCAGGCCAGAGGUUGACAGGUCCUGGCUGGAGGAAGCCAGUUCUAUUGUGUCGCUAGUAUGUGGGACUAAUAAAAUCGCCUGGACUCAUGUGAACCGUGGGAUGACAGUACUGGACUGGCAACAGCUGGAAUGUCCAAAUUUCUUGAGGGGAACAUACAUGGCUUCUGCUUACUUGAAUGAUGUCGCUGCAGUUGUGGCACUCCUCCCGCCAGCUGACUUCUACAUAGUAGAGAAAUCCUCCAUCUCAGUCCAGAACACGGCUCUGUUCCCUGUUAUGGCCCACAUGAGGACUGUGGAGGCCAUGCUGUUCGCUUUGCUUGAGCCAAAAAUCUCACCACCUGAGUCCAACAUUCCUCCCAGAGUUUUGAACAUGAUGCGUACUGCUGUGGGACGCCACUUUGGACUCAUGGUGGGCGAGUCACGGACCAGCGGGGCACAGACAGUGCGACAGCUGAUGACUGAGUCGGUGACACAGAAGCUUCCAAGGAUAAACUUCCCCCCAGAGCUGCUGGUGAGGUACAGGAAUUCUUUCCAAAUGGGGAGCAGAAGAGGAGGGGAGGAACUCUGCGACGCCCUGCUUCAGGCUGUGGCUUUUUACGAGCUGCUCAGUGAAUCUUCCAGUUAGCCAACACAUGGACCGAUCUCAUGCUCCGGCCGUGCUCUACAUCCACUAAAACAAACCUCCUGAGUGACACUCUAAGCCUUUUUGGAUGUUUACCUCUUGAACAGAUUUGGUGGUGGUACAUUUAAAGUAUUGAAUAUUAUUACUGUUACUUAAAACACUUGAAUACUUAAUAAGCUGUCUGCCAUCUUCCUGCUGUCUGAGGAUUUUCACUCCUGUUGGUUUGUGUUAAAAAGGUUUGAUGGAUUAUGAAAUAAAGAAUAAAAAACACAGCACUGAUCUCACCAGCAAACCCACAUCAGUAACUGAACAAAGUGCUUUACAUAAUUUACAAAAAUAGAUUUUUUUUUAUUUACUUUUCAUGGUUGCAUGUACAUGUAAAUAAAACAUGAUUUCUCAUCUCAACUGCAUUAAAUGCAUUUGACAGUAUUUAUGUGGAGACAGUAUUCAGGUAAAAUGAAUGCACAUAAAAAUAAAUAUUGACUGGAGUAA